AUGAAGGAGCUCAAUCCGAACUUUUUCUUUGAAAUAGAUGUGGACGAAAACUAUAGCAUUAGAAAUGUGUUUUGGAUCGAUGCUCGGUGUAGAGCUGCAUGGGAAUAUUUUGGUGAUGUCGUGACGUUUAACACUACUUACAAGACUAAUAGGUACGACAUGUCGUUCGGAUCUUUCGUAGGUGUCAACCACCAUGGGAUGUCUACGCUUCUUGGGUAUAUGUUUGCUGACCGACAUAUGUGGGUGCCAGUAUUUUUCAAGGACGAAUUCUGGGCUGGCAUGAAGAGCACACAAUGUAGUGAGAGCAUGCAUUCAGUUUUCAAUAAGUACUUAAACAGUAAGAGCUCUUUGUUGCAAUUUGUUUGUCAAUACCAAAACUGUGUUAUAGACAAGGAGCAAAAGGAGAUUGAGUGUGACGCUGCUGAUUUAAGGGGUAUUAUCCCUUGUGUUUCUAGCUCACCAAUAGAGAAGCAGUUCCAGAGAGAAUAUACAAACUCCAUGUUUCGAGACGUGCAGGAUCAAUUUAUAAAAAAGGCCGAUUGUGACAUCUCCUCAGUCAACCAUCAUGGCACAAGUAUAGUUUAUGAAGUUGACCAACAAAAGAUGGUGUUUGACAUUCUUGCUGUUCUUCUACAUUUUCGUAUGAAAGUAGUGUCCUCACAAUACAUUCUAUCCCGAUGGAGUAAGAAUGAUUUCGUGGCUACUCCAGUGGUUGCUGCUAUAUUGCGUGAUGCCAUGGACAAUGCUCGGCAGAAGCUCAAAGAACACAAGGAAUCCGAGCAUCAAGCUGCACAUGGAUCUAAUGGUAAUGCACAACCAUCUCCUACCAAUGUGGCAUCUUCCUACAAAGAUACGCAAUGGGCUUGUUCAGAAAUGACAGACAAUUUGGCUAUGCACUCUGGUUCCUUCAUAUCACUAUUGAAUUCAUUCCACAACGCUGAACAAUUGUGUAUGUGUACCUAG